ACCUUCCACCUGGAGAGUGGACUGGAUGCAAUUAUUUCCUGAAAUAUUUAAUCUGGCACUGUUAACUUUGGCCGGUUGAAGUAAAUAUAAGUGGGUGAAGAUGAAAUAGUAAAAAUUUAACUCUGAUCCACAAAGCCAAAUGCCCACUGCCAUACCAGCAGGCAGGAGACAGACACAGAAGCCUGUGAUGACAAAGACACAUCACACACUGGACAACCAGCCCCCAGCCAGAGAUGACCGGCUUCCUAUCAGACCUGGUGCAGUACCAGGGGCUCUUUCAAAUGAUCACUGUCCUGGGGAUCGGUGGAACAUUCCAAAUUGGCUUUCAGAUUUCUACCCUGACCUACAUGUCUCAGCAUGUGAAGGUUUUCAUUAAUGAAACUUGGCUGGAGCGAUAUGGUUACCCCAUCCAGCAGGAUAACCUCCUGUUCCUAUGGUCUAUCACCGUGUCCAUCUUUGGUAUAGGAGGUCUCUUGGGUUCUUCAGGAAGUAGAUACCUCGCUGUCAAAUAUGGCAAAAAGAAAUGUCUCUUGUGCAACAACCUGCUCAUGAUAGUGGCAGCAUCUAUCAUGGGCUGCAGUAAAACAGCCCAGUCCUUUGAGAUGAUUCUAAUUGGGCGCUUCAUGUGUGGAAUAAGUGCAGGCCUUUGUGUCCCUCUACAUCAUCAAUAUGUUGGAGAAAUUUCCCCUAAGAAGCUACGUGGAUUUGCAAACUCUACUUCCUCUUUCUUUUGGUCACUGGGAAAAGCCGUAGGGCAAAUUUUAGGACAAAGGGAGCUGCUGGGCAGCCAGUCCCUGUGGCCCAUGCUGAUGGCUUCCUGUGGAUUUCCAGCACUGGGUCAGCUGGUCAUGCUUCCCUUCUUCCCUGAGUCCCCACCAUAUCUCCUCAUGCAAAAAGAAGACCAGGAAGGCUGCAAAAAAGCCAUAAGGCAGCUUUGGGGUGAAGGCCAUCACCAAGCAGAGAUUGAUGACAUCAUGAAAGAGAAGGCAACAAUGAAAAACACCAAGAUCUUGAGUGUCCUGGAACUAGUGAAAGAACCAGCUUUCCGUUGGCAGCUGUACAUGAUAGUUAUUCUGACCGCCACAGUUCAGCUAUGUGGCAUCAAUGCAAUUUAUUUUUAUACUUCUGAAGUCCUCCAGGCUGCUGGCUUUGAUGAAAGAAUGGUCUCCUAUAUGACCCUCUCUAUUGGACUCUCUGAACUCGUAGCUGCUGUAGUCUGUAGCUCCAUCAUUGAGCGACUGGGCAGGAAAACACUCCUGAGAGGAGGCUAUUGGAUCAUGGGUUCACUGCUGGCUUGUAUCACUGUGACUCUCUCCCUACAGGACUGGUAUUUCUGGAUGCCAUACUGCAGCCUUUGCCUCAUUAUCCUGUUUGCAGUUGUUUUUGCAGUUGGGCCAGGCGGUGCCACUGUUUCCACCAGGGUUGAAAUCUUCACGCUGUCCUGCAGACCACCUGCCUUUGUGAUCGGUGCAGUUCUCAACUGGCUGGGAGUGUUUGUGAUCGGGACAACCUUCCCCUUCAUUGUGGAAAGACUCAAGCACUUCUGCUUCCUCAUCUUUAUGGGGGUACUUUUCACUUCAGGGAUGAUUAUCCACCUGUUCCUUCCAGAAACAAAAGGGAAAUCAAUCAUAGAAAUCACAGAAGAAUUCAAUAAGCUAAACUUUAAAAAUAAGCAUGUUCCAACAGCUCCAAAUCAUGUCACAGAGGAUGACACCUUCUGCACCAGGCUUUGACCAGACAUGGGGGGAAUCAGGCUUUCUUAAAAAGAAGAAAAAAAAAAAAGACAUUUGUCAUUUUCUAACUAGCAAGUCGAUCCAAAUGGACUGUCAGCUUUCCUAUUGUCAUUCACAAGGUUCCCAUUUUGCCAAACCAGCUCCUUUCUCAAGCACUCCACUCUGGGCAGCUCUGAAAAGGGAUGAGGGCUGAUAUUACAUCAUAGACUCAUGUGAAUCAUGAGCAUUUUGGCUUAACUUGCUGAUGUGCAAAUCUUAACAGAGCAACUAAUGCACACUGAAACUACAUGUAGAAUUUCUAAACACUCUGCUGACCACAGAGAAAGGAAAGACCUGUAAUUCCCUCUCUCUCUAUGAUUUCUGAGUAUGUUUUUACAGCCCUGAAAUGGGAACAGUGAAGUUCUUGGCUUGCUGUCUCUGGCUAGGGUUCAAUCCAUAACAGAUUAAAGAAAAAAUUUAGUGGAAUAGGAGAUAAAUUCUUUGUUUCUCUAGACUGAACUGAAUAACCAAACCUUGCCAGGUUCCCAUGCACAGUGCCAUAUUGUCCUUGUGUAGUAUCUAGUUUGACAGACUUCAACCAUUCAGCACCAACAGAAUUAAAGGACUGAAGGGUGGAAUCCAGGCACCACAAACCCAAGCACCUACGGUCAUUUUAGAUACUCUGUGCUGUCCUGUCCAUCAUUUUUGUCAUCUCCAGUCUGUAGCUCCUCUUCCAGGAGCAGAGUUCUCACAGAUCCCUCGCAGGCUGUAAAUCCCACAGCAACUGAGCUGCUGCUUUCCUUGUGAGACUUCUGGCUACAUGGACCAAAUUUAGCCCAGAAGAACCACCUCAGCAUGGAACUGAUUUCACCAGAAAACCUUUUUUGAAAUAUUCAGAUUCAUGGGAUUUUUAUUUACUUUUGAAAGUGCCUAAUAUUCUGCAUGUUGCUGUCUAUUAAUGAGAGGCUCACAUGGUCCUAGUAGCAAAGCAAUACUAUCAGGAGGAACAGGAACAAAGCUAAGGCUUCCAGUGGAGCACUCUAUAUAAUUUGAAGUUCAAACUCUAGACUUGCCCAGUAAAAUAAAUGGGUUUACCUCUG